UAUAAAAAUAUUAUUAUCUCCAACAUGGAGUUUGUUCCUCUUUUCAUUUUCAUGUUCUUUAUCUCCUCCUUAGCCAUCCCAACUCUUGGCUGUGGAACUUGUAAACCACCCAAAGACCCCAAUGUCAAACCUCCGGUGACUCUUCCACCGGUUAUCAAGCCGCCAGUUGACUUGCCGCCGGUCACUCUUCCUCCCGGCAUUAUUCCACCUAUUAUCAAACCACCUGUUGACCUACCACCUGUGAAACUUCCACCGGGUGUCAAACCACCUAUUGACCUACCACCGGUUGUCAAGCCACCAGUUGACCUACCAGUACCCCUACCACCGGUGCCCCUACCCCUGCCACCGGUUCCUCUACCCUUGCCACCGGUGAAACUUCCACCCCUACCCCUGCCACCAGUGAAACUUCCACCCCUACCCCUGCCACCGGUGCCCCUACCCUUGCCACCGGUUGUGAAGCCACCGGUUGACCUACCACCAAAGACACUUCCUCCGGGAAAACCAAAGAAGAAACCUUGCCCACCAGUGCCUCCAAAGAAGAAGAAGAAGCCUGCAACAUGUCCAAUAAACACGUUAAAGUUGGGUGGUUGUGUGGAUGCUCUAGGAGGACUUGUUCAUAUUGUGAUCGGCGAUCCAGUUGUGAACAAAUGUUGUCCAAUUAUCUCAGGAAUAACAGAUGUUGAAGCUGCUGUUUGUCUUUGCACCACUCUUAAGUUGAAAGCCUUAAAUCUCAACAUUUAUGUGCCAAUUGCACUUCAACUUCUUGUCACUUGUGGCAAAUCCCCACCUCCUGGUUUCAAAUGCGCUAUCUAGACCAAUGUCUUAACAUGUGAACGAGAUUGAAACAAGAGGAAUGUCCUGUCUUGUCUUGUAUUCUGUACUCUUUCUCUCUUCUAAGAAUUUGUGAUUUAGACCUAUUUAUGAACUUGAUGAUUGAUCAUUUGUUUAAUUUAAACCCUUUGAAGAUUGCUUUCAUUCGUGUGUUGUAUAAUUAAUUAAGCAUGGCCAAGAAUGCCUGCAAUUCAUUCA